UGUCGCCGCUGCCACCGUAGCUGCUGUUGCCGCCUCCCUGCCGGCAAGUGUGGGAAGGAGGAGCUGAGGGCCGCCGCCACCGUUGCCGCCAUGGGGAGGAAGUCAAGCAAAGCAAAGGAGAAGAAGCAGAAGCGGUUGGAGGAGCGAGCAGCCAUGGAUGCGGUCUGUGCCAAAGUGGAUGCAGCCAACAGGCUUGGAGACCCUUUAGAGGCUUUCCCGGUGUUCAAGAAAUAUGAUCGAAAUGGCUUAAACGUCUCCAUUGAAUGUAAGCGAGUGUCUGGACUGGAGCCAGCCACCGUGGACUGGGCCUUUGACCUGACCAAAACUAACAUGCAAACCAUGUAUGAGCAAAGCGAGUGGGGCUGGAAGGACCGAGAAAAAAGGGAGGAAAUGACAGAUGACCGAGCCUGGUACCUCAUUGCUUGGGAAAACAGUUCUGUCCCUGUUGCCUUUUCUCACUUCCGGUUUGACGUGGAGUGUGGGGAUGAAGUCUUGUACUGCUACGAGGUGCAGUUGGAAAGCAAGGUGCGGCGGAAAGGCCUGGGGAAGUUCCUCAUACAGAUUCUGCAGCUCGUGGCCAACAGCACACAGAUGAAGAAGGUUAUGUUAACAGUAUUUAAGCACAAUCAUGGCGCCUACCAGUUCUUCAGAGAAGCACUGCAAUUUGACAUCGACGACUCUUCCCCCAGCAUGUCUGGUUGCUGUGGGGAGGACUGCUCCUACGAGAUCCUGAGCCGAAGGACCAAGUUUGGGGACAGUCAGCAUUCCCAUGCGGGUGGGCACUGUGGUGGCUGCUGCCACUGAACUCCCAAGCCAGAACACUCUCUCCAAGGCCUGCCCUCUCCCCUGGUCUCAUGCCACUUGCCAGGUGCCUUCAGAGCUGUGGCCUCCUCAGCCCUGCAUGUGCCCGGCUCUACCCUGAGAUCACAGAACCCUGGGGAGGAGUGGUCCGAGCCGCCCCUCCUCCUUUCUCCUAGAAGAGCAGUGCCAGGAGGGAGCAGAGAGGAGGAUGCUGAGGGAAGAGCUGGUGGAGGCUGGGCAUGAAGUCAUCCUUGCACGGAGGCUGCCUUCUGUCUCCACUCUUG